UCCUGCAACUUUUCAGCGGGCCAUGAAUAUGGCCUUCGCUGAGUUCGUUAACAAAACCCGACUGACCCAGCCCCCGAUCAAUUUCUGCGUGAUUGUGUACAUGGAUGAUAUUUUGGUCUUUUCAAAAACACACGAGUACCACGUAAAACACAUUGAGUGGGUUUUGCAUGCACUGAAAGAUGCGGGGUUCAAAGUGGCCUUGGAGAAAAGCGAGUUCUUCUUGUCGGAGAAUUUAUUCUUGGGGUAUAUCGUCACGGUCGACGGACUAAAACCGGAUCCGAGGAAGGUGGCAGCAGUUCAAGACGCCCCGGCGCCGGUCACACUCACCAAGGUUCGGGCUUUUCUAGGGAUGACAUCCUAUUACCGACACUUCAUCAAGGGGUUCGCCGGCAUAGCAAAGCCCCUCACGAACUUGCUGAAGAAAGAGGAACAACUGAUCUGGAUGCCGGAAUGCGAAGCGGCGUUUCAGGUGUUGAAGGAGGCUCUGACAUCUGCUCCUGUGUUGGCGCGCCCCGACCCGACAAGACCGUUCGCACUGUACACAGACUGGCAGCCUCAGGCGAUAUCGGCGGUGCUGACUCAGCACGACAAGGAUGGAAGGGAGCACGUCAUUGAGUAUGCGUCCAAGACGCUGAGCCAGGCGCAGGCUAAUUAUGAAGCGUGCAAAGGUGAAUGCCUGGCGGUGGUGUGGGGGAUUCAGCAUUUCCAACCGUAUCUGUACGGCCAGAAAUUCGUGUUGGUUACGGAUCAUCAGCCGCUGCUGUCCUUACGCAACAACACGAACUACACGGGGACGCUGGGCAGGUGGGCGGUGCGUCUACAAGACUAUGACUUCGACAUCUGCCACCGUGCCACGCGGCAGCAUGGUAACGCCGAUGGAUUAACGCGCCUUCUGCCGCCCAACAAGUGUCCCGCCAACGAGCGACUCAUUCCGUGGAGGCCAGAAGUCGCGGCGAUGAAACUGCACUACGGGGAGCUACACGUGCGGCCGGAGAAGGAAGGGACCGUGGCGCUGUACCCCUUCGCCCCGCUCCAGACAAUCGAUGCGGGAUUGUUGGAGCUCAUACAUCUUGAGCUCCUCUCCAUUGCGCAAGUGAUCGCGAGCGAGGAGGAGGAGAUCCAACCACGAUUGCGGAUGGCGACGGCUCCGCAGAGAACGUACAACGUGGUCGUCAUCCCGGAUUACAUUGCGCAGCGCGCGGAGAGAUUGGAGGACUUCCCGGAGGAAAGGGCGUUGUGUCCUCCCUCGUCGUAUCCUCGACCAGCGCCACCGAAGGCCCCCAAGAAGACGCCGAAGAGGAAGAGACGCCACCCGUCGCCAGGAGCGCAAGGCAGCAGGAUCGGUGGCGGCGAGGAGGUGAUUCAGCCCGCGCGUACAUGCGGCUGGAACGAUCCUGAAUGCGCUAUUUCUAUAGCUGAUCGCAGCAAAGGUCAGCUUCGCAAGCUUUUUGCAGAGCAGUUUUUAUUUUGGCACUUCAACGAUAUGAUAUUACAGGGUCAGUGCCCACUAUUGGAGGAAUUGCGGUUCACGACGAUCUGGAAGAUCGACGAGAUGCCAUCAAGCUGGUUCGAGUCAGGGGGUCUAUCCCGACUUCGUGUUCUCGACGUGCGGGAACUCUUCUCCGAGCAAGGAGAUGCGACAGAGAGGGGUCUACCAUCAGAAUACCGAUCUCGCCGGGCAGACUCUCUGGUCACUGCUAUCGCCAGAGGAUGCCCUCUGCUGGCUGCUUUGUCGUUGAAUGGUCUUCACACGGGAAUCACGGACGAGGCUUUGAAGGUAAUCGAGGAGUUUCUGCCGAGGCUGGAGCGGCUGGGCAUCGGGGGUAGCUCCAUUACCGAUGCGGGGUUGGCUUCGAUCGGGACCAAGCUCAACAGUCUGCGUGAGCUAACGGUUCAGUACUGUACUCGCAUGACUUGGUCGGGAGUCGGGAUGUUGCAGGCCCAACGGGAGGAUCUUGUCGUUAUUGGGGGGGUCGGUCCCUUGGGGUAUCUUCAUAGGUAUCUCUACAACAGACCAUCUGUCUGCUUGAUGUGAUUGCUGUACACUCUUAUUACUACUACGGUCCCUUGGGGUAUC